CAGGUUACAGUUUGGUGUGACAGUAAUGAAGUAAGCCACAACACACCAGAAGCUGCUAAACUUGGCUUUUAAAAUUCCUACUUUUCUUAUUUAAGAAAAGGGAUUAGAAGAAUGAUAACCUACUUUAGUUGAUCAUUCGUAUAUGAUUUUUAAAAUAUAUGCGCUAUCUUUCUCUGACUUUGGAAUGUGCAUAAUAGAAGGCCUGGCCCCCAAAGUGACUUUCCAAUCUGCUGUGAUUCCAGCCAAGUUUCCUUCAAUGUAUGGAGUAUGCUAAGUUGAGCUGGUUCUUAGAAUAUCCCAGAACCAGAGUGCAGCUGCUGCUUUUAAACAGCAGUGUGUGUGAUAAUAGGCUUUGCUAUUUACUAGGACUGAAGUGCCUGAACUGGCACACGCAGACAUUAUAUGAAAUCUGAAAGCAUGAGGAUAAAGGAGAUUUCCUUGCGGCAAGAUCCAGAUCUAAGAAAGGAAUUGGCAUUGUUGGCGAGAGGAUGUGAUUUUGUUUUACCUUCCAGAUUCAAGAAGAGACUAAAAGCUUUUCAGCAGGUUCAGGUUCAAACAAAGAAAGAGGAACCUCUACCAUCAUCAGUGAGCCAAAGCAUUCCAACAUUUUAUUUUCCUAGAGGAUGUCCAAAAGAAAAAGUGAAUAUAGAUGCAGUAAUUACCAAGAUAGAGAAGACUUUUUCUCAGUUUCCAAAUGAGAGAGCAACUUUAGAAGAUAUGGGUAAAGUUGCAAAGGCCUGUGGAUGUCCUCUCUACUGGAAAGGGCCAUUGUUUUAUGGUGCUGGGGGAGAGAGAACUGGCUAUGUCUCUGUUCACAAGUUUAUUGCAAUGUGGAGAAAAAUCCUACAGAAUUGCCAUGAUGAUGCUGCAAAGUUCAUUCAUCUUUUAAUGAAUCCUGGAUGCAACUAUUUGGUGCAGGAAGACUUCAUUCCAUUUUUACAAGAUGUAGUGAAUACUCAUCCUGGUUUAUCAUUUUUAAAGGAAGCAUCUGAAUUUCAUUCUCGGUAUAUUACCACAGUCAUACAACGGAUUUUUUAUACAGUAAAUAGGUCCUGGUCUGGGAGAAUCACUUGUACUGAACUGAGAAAAAGCAGUUUUUUGCAGAAUGUUGCACUAUUGGAAGAGGAAGCUGAUAUUAACCAGUUGACAGAGUACUUCUCUUAUGAACAUUUUUAUGUCAUUUAUUGUAAAUUCUGGGAACUAGAUACUGACCAUGAUCUCUUCAUUGAUCCAAAGGACUUAGCCCGACAUAAUGACCAUGCUAUAUCCAGUAGGAUGAUUGAGAGAAUAUUCUCAGGAGCUGUGACAAGGGGCAGAAAAGUACAGAAAGAAGGAAAAAUAAGCUAUGCUGAUUUUGUCUGGUUUUUGAUAUCUGAAGAAGACAAAAAAACUCCAACCAGUAUUGAAUAUUGGUUCCGCUGCAUGGAUCUUGAUGGAGAUGGAGCAUUAUCAAUGUAUGAGUUGGAAUAUUUCUAUGAGGAACAAUGCCAAAAACUGGAUAAUAUGGCUAUUGAGCCUCUACCAUUUGAAGAUUGUCUUUGUCAGAUGUUAGAUCUCGUGAAACCACAGUGUGAAGGAAAGAUUACUCUCCAUGAUCUAAAGAAAUGUAAAUUAGCAAAUGUUUUUUUCGAUACGUUUUUCAACAUUGAGAAAUAUCUUGACCAUGAACAGAAAGAUCAGAUUUCUGUAAUUAGGGAUGCUGAAAGUGAAGGCCAAGAGCUCUCUGACUGGGAGAAAUAUGCUGCAGAAGAAUAUGAUAUUCUAGUAGCUGAAGAAGCAGCUGGUGACCAAUGGAAUGAUGGUUACGAAGCAGUACUGAGUCCUAUAGAUCAGAAGGCCAAUGCAUUAAAAUUUCAGUUGGAUAAAAGACCUUUCUUUGAAAUGCCUUCGCCUCUGGGUGAUGUAGAUUUGGAUGAGUAUGAAGAUGAUGUGGAGAUAUUAUGAUUAUGACCCAACAAAGAAAGACUGUCUGCAGCAGGUCUGCUACAACAGAAAGGAUCAGUGGCUUUGUUUCCAGACAGUAGUAGUUUUUUGUGGUACAAAAUAUUAUUUAAAUCUUUUAAAGAAAAUGAAGUGCAUUUGUAUGGAAUGAUAAUUUUGUAUUUAUCCAAUAUUCAAGCUCGUAAAAUAGAUAUUUAUUUAUAGAUGGUGCAUAUUUCCUUAAUUGGAAUAAUUUUGUGUUCUCUAAAGCCUCUGCUAUCUUACAAGAUGAGUAUGCGCCAUUCUUUCCAGUUAAUACAUAACACACUGACACCCUGGAGCUCUAAAGCUGUGAAAAACUACCCAUGACCAGGAGUAAGAGGCCCCUUAUUCAGGAUCUCUAAUGCUUUUGCUCCUAAAAGAGGGAAAAAUAAAUAACAUCUUAGUAGUAACCUUAUACACCUGGCAAAAAGAAAAAGUAUGGUGGUAGUUUUAUUUUUAAAAGCUGUCAUUGACAUACUUUAAUUUGAAAACUAAGCAUAUCCUGGCACACAUAGGAAAAAUUUAAGUUUUUAAAAACUAGUUUUCCCCUCCUGUUUAUGCAGUUCCAUAAAUCAGGUUUACCUUACUGAUGUAUAUCAUAAAAGUACUCCUUAACAUUUGAAGUUGGUUAGUAUUUAUACUUGAUUCUGGCUGGAUAUUUUUACUCUAGAGAAGGGAUUUUUUUUUCCUUGGCUUUUAAAAAACAUAUUAAUGUUAUUUGAUCUGUGCUGAUCUGUGAUGUGCACUAAUAUGUUGUGGGCAUUUAAGGCUUCUAUUUCUUCCUCUUUGAAAGGUUAGUUAUUGACACAUUCCAUAAAUAUAUAAACAAAAGUGUCACAGCAGCUUGAAAUUCUGCCACCUCACCUGCCUAUCUCUAUGGCAAAAGAGUGUGUAAUGGAUGAGAGAUUUUUGUCUCAGUUUCAUAAAUCAUAAGGUUGUAGUGCCUUGAAAUGUACAUAACAGUACGCAAAGAAUUUGGGUAUAGAACGUCUUCAGCAAGUUUAUUUGAACGUUUUCAUGUAAAAUGUACAAAAAGAUGUAAAGUUAUUUUUGUUUGCUGUGUAGA